CUCUCCAUUGAAUCACUAGCUGAAAUGUUCCUGUGUGUUUACUACUGUAUUUAGUAUUCUGAGCUGAGCACGUUUAUGUCAAGUCCUCUCCUAAAGCAGUUGCUUUUCUAGUAUUUUGCAGAAUCUUUUCAGGAAUUUAACAUGCCUAAAAGAAAGCCGCAGGGAGCUGAUGGGGAUGCAAAAGAGGAGCCUCAGAGGAGAUCUGCACGUUUAUCAGCAAGACCAGCACCUGUCAAGGCUGAACCCAAACCAAAAAAGACAGCAAAGAAAAACAAAGUAGUCAACGACAAGAAGGAGAAAAUGAGCAAGCAGAAAGCCAAGGAGUCCUCAGAGUCUGCUGCCAAUGAGGAGAACCACUCAGAAAAUGGAGAGGCAAAGACCAAUGCGGUUGAGGAGACUGAAGAAAUUGAGGAAGCAAAGUCUGAGUAGCGCCACUGCCUCGCUCCAGCCCUGUUGUCCCCACUGCACACCACUUUUAGUCUCAUGUCAUUGGCCACACCUCCAAGGAAUAUUGUAAACAGAGGAAUAUUUUUAUCAAUGGUUUUAUAAGUAUCAGUACAGAUUUUUAGUACAAAUUAAGGUAAAUCCUGAGAACCAUGCAGAUUUUCAGUGAUUAUAUUGCAUGUCUGCGAGAACACACUAAAAUUCUUUUUAAAUGGCAUUUUAUGGUCGUUAACUUAUUUGAUCUAGAAAAAUCAUACCUGCCUACAAGAGUCCUGUGUUUUCUUAUGUAUUGUGUCCACAUGCUCUGCCUUCCCUUUCCAUACGCUUAGUUUUUUUAAGGUUUACCAAGUGAUUAUAACAUACAUACACUAGGUGGGGGAAAGUUACUUUUUUUAACUCGUCUAUGUGCAGUAAGUUUCCGUGCUUUUCAGUCGUUUGUCCUAGAUAUUUAGUUUUGGUGUAUUAUUCAUUAGAGGAAUAAAAAAAAAAAAAAAAACAUAAUUCAAGCAGGGACAUGAUUUGAGAGUGUUGACAUAUUUCACUUUACUCUGCAGAAAAAUAAAGAUUUUUCUGAAGAUUAAAACAUGGCAGCUUAUUAAAGACCUUGCUGUUUUGUCAUGCAAAAUAUUGUUAAUGGCAGAAUUUUAUUUUAUCUUGUGAUUCCAACAAUUAUCAAGUCUGCCAGUGGCUAUGUUCACUCUGAUGUUCCUUCGCUGCUAAUAAAAAAAAAUAAAAAUCCCCACUUUCACCUCUCGCCUGUUUUUUUUGUUUUGUUUUGUUUUUUGUUUAAUUAUAAUCCAUGAAGCAACACAUUUCCUUAAAAGGAUAGUAUGGGCCCAGAAAUAAUGCAUUUAAUGCAAACUUUCAAACACUCAAACUCUUACUGCCUAUAGAACUUUUAAAACAUUUUGUUCAUGUACAGAUGUGUUUUUAUAUAAGACUUAUUGUAUAUAGGUCAAUAUACUACAAAUAUUCAUGCCAAGUGGUUUUAUGUGAUUUUAGAGUUCCCAAAAUGAAUCUUAAAAAGCUGCAGAUUGCUUUCAAAUUUUGAAACAAAAUCUGCUCCUUUCAUUUCUUGAAAAAAUGUUAAUGGAACUUAAGUGUGUGACGUUUUGUUAUGAAGAAACCUGGCCCUAAAAGCUGUAGAUUUUAUGAAUCUUCUCUUACAUGCAGUGUAAGCAUAAAAGCCCCAUUGGAAAUGUGACAGAGCUGCUCUUUAGCUACCCUUUAAUCUGCUCUUCAUAAAGCUCUGAAGGCUCUCCUGCUUCACCUCUCAAGAGCAGCCUCACAUUAAUAGUGUUAAUAACACUGCUGGCUAAAUGGAUAAAUGCGUUUUACCAGGCUAAUUGACUUGCAGAAGUCUGAAAUCAAUCGGCAUGCCAAAUGCAUCUCUAGCUGCUAGCAUGUUUAAGUAUUGAUUUUGAGUUUUUUUAUUUUUCAUGAUUAAUCGGAGGCAAAUCUAUGCUCUAAUGCCACCCGAGUCAUGGUCUGUUCUCACUGCUAGCAUCAGGCAGGCGGUAUCGCAGCAUCAGGACCCGCACCAGCCGACUACAUGAUAGCUUUUUCCCCCAAGCAAUCAGACUGUUGAACACUUGAUCUAUCAGGAUCAAUAAUUAGCACUGCACUUUAUUAAUCUAUAAUCUCACACUGGACUGUCAACAUAUUCUCCUCAAUAUACUACUUCAUAUAUAUAUAUAUAUAUAUAUAUUUCAUAUACUCCUUACUUAUUGUAUUGUAUAUUGUGUAUUCUAUAUUGUGUGUAUUGUAUAUAAUUAUCGUGUUGUGUAAGUAUGUGUACAUUUGAUAUGUAAAUUGUGUUGUGUAAGUAUGUUGUUUAUUGUAAUUGGUAUAUGUCUCGUCACUGUUAUGACUGCUAUGUUGCUCGGAA